AUGAACUCCCAGGGGUUCUCUUUUCCUCCUCCCCCUCCCCCUCCUCCCUCUCAGCAACAACAACCGCAACAACCGCAACCGCAGCAGCAACAACAAUACCGUCACCAUAAUGCCAACUACCCUUCGCAAUAUGGCGGUCAGGGAUAUCACGGCCAACGAGGUGGUCAUGCUCAUGGCGGCCACUUCAGAGGACGUGGGAGGGGCUAUGGUAACCGGGGAGGCGCCCGUGGAGGUCACUUUAUGACACCAGAUAACCGCGCGUACCCUACCGCUACACCGUCUACUGGCUACGCUCAGAUGAACUACUCUGGGUAUGCCACGCACCCCAACCCAGUAGCCCAAGUCACUCCUUCGCCAUCGCAAAAUUUCCAACGGGCUCCGAAUGCUUCUUCCUUCCCUCCUUCGCAGCCUUAUGCGCAAUCCGCAGCCCGGGUGCCGCCUUACCAAGGCCAGCCUAACUAUGGGGGAGCUUACACUUCGCCUACGGCUCAACCUGGGUCUAUGUAUCCUUCGGUUAUGCCUGCCCAGCAACCGGUCAACCAGCCAGUUCAGACGCCGAUGGUUGCCCCUCCUAUGCGCUGGGGGUUUGAGCAAACGGGACCGGCAGGCUCCUUCGCCGGAGCUCAGCGCGGCGGACACUUCAACGGUUACAACGCUCAGUCACAUACUGGGGAUAGAACAGCACACUAUGCCAACAAGCGCGAUCAUAAUGCGGCCUUUGGGAAGCCCCAGUCCGUCGCACCCCGAGUUCCCGCACCGCCUCCGGUUCCCAGCUUCGGAAAUCCUCUUCCCGUCAAACCCCCGCCACCAGCUGACGCCACACGGAAGCCAAAGAAGAAGAAGAGAAAGCACAAUCAGCUUGGAUUGACCCCGAGAACCGAAGAGCAUGAGUCGAGCGAGGAUGAGGACGAUGUGGAUGAAGAAGCGAGAUUAGCCGGAGGAGCUGCCGACGCCGCAGCUCUCAAGAUCACAUAUCGCGGGAAAACUUCCACAUUGCAGUCGCCGGAAGAAAUUGCGGCCUGGAUUGAGGAACGGCGAAAGCGGUAUCCGACGCAGGCGAAAGUGGAAGAGAAGAAGAAGGCCUUGGAAGAGGCGAAAAAAGCACGCCAAGAAGUACAGCGGCAGAAGGACCAGCGAAAGCAAGAGUCAAAGCGAGCGCAGAAGGACGGUCGGAAUAAGAAAGCGCACGACAAGCAAUCUAAUGACCAACCGGCCGAUCCCAUGGAUGCUGCAGCGAAGGCGAAGGAGAAGGCGGACAGACUGCGGCGAAAGCUCAUGAAGGAAGAGAAACGGGUGGCCAAAGCCGAGGCAGAUGCUGAAAGGGCUUUGCUGAGGGCUGAAGCACUGAAAAAGGGAUCAACCGAUGCCAAUGUAGACGAAAGUUCGGCCACCGCACAAGUCCCACCGGCUCCAGAAACUGGAAUCAAGGCAGAUGCAGAUUCGGAAGACAAGUCUGUCAAGCCCGGGCCCGCUGCGGCCGAUGGAUCAGAAGUCACCAACGGCGACACGACGUCUGCAACAGACGUCAGAAUAGACGCUGGGAAGCCCGAAGAGGCUGGGGACGAGGCCAACAUCUCGUCUCAAGAUGACUCCGAUAGCAGCGAUUGGACAUCAUCCAGUGGGUCAGAUUCCUCGUCGGAUGAAUCCGACAGUGACUCGGACUCUGCGCCGGAGGAGGCGACUACUCGACGAGAAGGACCGGAGCGGGUGCUGCCACCCCCUCGCGAGAGUAAGAAAAAGCCAUGCCAUCACUUUGCUCGAACCGGUCGCUGCAGGAAUGGAGAUAGAUGUCGGUUCUCGCACGAGGCACCUGAGCGAGGAAAGAAAGCGACGAAGCCAACGGAGCCGAAGGGGCGAAAGGGGCUUCUACAAGCGCUCCUGGACCGCCAAAAGGGAGAAGAAGACCGAAAGGUCAUGGAAGCAAUUGCAUGGCUCGGGGAAAACGGAUUCCUAGAUGAGCCCAAGGCCCAAGAGGACACUAACAAGUCGACUUCGGUGACCGAAGGCACGGAAGCUCCGCAGCAGGCAGCCCCCAAGGACACAAUCUCGGGGCAGGAAACCGAUGCUGCCCCCGUGACUGCCUAG